CUCCUCCCAUUUAAACGUCCACGCAGUGUCAACAGAUCUGAGCGUCAGUGGACAGACAGGGAUAGAAAGAAGCUAGGACUUCAGCUUCAAACCAGCGCCUUUCAGGAUGAACACCGAACCAGUUGUUAUCGUUUCCGCCGCCCGGACUCCAAUAGGCUGCUUGAGUGGCGCUCUGUCCACACUCACUCUGCGUGACCUGUGCUCACCAGUGAUAAAGGAUGUUCUGAAGCGGGCUGAGGUGAAACCAGAAGAGGUCUCUGAGGUUAUCAUUGGACAUGUCCUCACUGCAGGUCAAGGGCAGAACCCAGCUCGUCAGGCCAGCGUUGCGGCUGGUAUCCCAUACAUUGUCCCUGCAUGGAGCUGCCAGAUGGUGUGUGGCUCUGGGCUUAAAGCUGUAUGCCUGGGAGCACAGUCCAUCCAGACUGGAGAGUCCACUGUGGUAGUAGCAGGGGGCAUGGAGAGCAUGAGCAGGGCCCCUCACACUAUGCAAAUGAGAGCAGGAGUGAAGAUGGGCGACGUCUCACUGCAGGACUCUAUGGUUGCGGAUGGCCUGACGGAUGCCUUCCACAACUAUCACAUGGGAAUCACAGCUGAGAAUGUUGCAAAGCAGUGCGGAAUCAGCCGAGAGCAGCAGGACCUUUUUGCAGUCAAUUCUCAAAGCAAAACAGAGUCCGCACAGAAAGCAGGACAUUUUGAUCAGGAGAUUGUCCCCAUCACGGUGGCAUCUAGAAAAGGUCCUGUUGAGGUGAAGAUGGACGAGUUUCCUCGACAUGGAAGCAACAUUGCGAGCUUGUCCAAACUCAAACCAUGCUUCGUUAAGGACAGUAGUGGCACCGUCACUGCUGGAAACGCUUCAGGAAUAAAUGAUGGAGCGGCAGCUACUGUUUUAAUGAGCCAAUCAGAGGCUGUGAGACGCGGCAUAAAACCCAUGGCCAAAAUUGUUUCAUGGGCUCAGGUAGGCCUUGACCCUUCAGUCAUGGGAACCGGGCCAAUACCAGCUAUCAGGAAAGCGGUGAAGAAAGCAGGCUGGCAGCUGGAUCAGGUUGAUUUAUUUGAGAUCAAUGAAGCAUUCGCCGCACAGUCCCUUGCUGUAAUUAAGGAGCUCGGCCUAACUGAAGACAAGGUGAAUGUGAGCGGUGGGGCCAUUUCUCUGGGCCACCCUAUUGGCAUGUCUGGCUGCAGAGUCCUGGUGACACUACUGCACGCACUGAACAGGACUGGAGGAAGAAAGGGCGUUGCAUCCCUCUGUAUUGGAGGAGGGAUGGGUGUCGCCAUGUGUGUGGAGAGGGUUUGAGAUGCCAACCCCAUUCUGCUUAAUAGAUUGCACUUGAUUUAUUUUUGCUAAUGAGUAAGGGAUUAUGAAAUCUGUUUACACUGCUGGAUGACAUGUAAAAAAUGGUGUUCUGCAGUAUGAAGUACUGAAAAAAAAACAUCACUGUGAAUUUAAAUUUCUCAGCUUUUGGUGUUUGACUUAAAGAUCUUAAACAUUUAUUCUGUCAAGUUUUCUUAAGCUAAUAUGCAGGCAGUAGCUGUCAAGACAGCUGUACUUUACUACCGAAACAACUGAAAUGCCAACUUGUGAAACAGAAUUUGUUACUUGGUGUGCUGCUGUUAACGACAGCACUGUCUUGCAAUGUUUAAUUUUUAAGCAAUGUUUUAAGCAUUUUUUUUAAAGGGUUACAUUUCUCAACAUUCCAAUAUCUGCUUGUGGGAUGAAACAGUCUUUCCUCAAAGUUGUGCAGAUAACCCUAAAUCAUGUCAGGGUGCCAUAAUUAGUUGCCUUCUCUAAUCUAGUGCUUCCUGUUAACGUUUAAUGCUUCACUGUAGUCCAGAAAGUUACGUGCUGAUUAUAAUAAAUACAUCAGUCAUUUACAA